ACUGAACUCUUGAGUCAUGCCGGACUGAUGCUCUUUAGCCAUGCCGAACUGAUACUCUUUCUUGGGCUUUACUGCUGUUGGGCUUGUUUAGUAUUUGCUUAGUACGUACUCCAUCAAUGACGUUCCUGGAGGUAUCGCAGCCGAAAUGGUCGGAGCGAGCCCUAGUUAUCGCCGUGCAGGGCGUCUUCUUCAACGCCUACUUCGCCGCCUACCUCAUUUCCCCCAAAUUGGCGCAUCGCAUCGUCGGAUACCUAGAGGAGGAGGCGGUCAAUUCCUACACCGAAUUCCUCGAGGAUUUGGAGAAGGGAUUGGUCGAGGAUCAGCCGGCGCCGGCCAUCGCCAUUGAUUACUGGCGGCUUCCCGCCGAUUCGACGCUCAAGGACGUCGUCACCGUGAUUAGAGCCGACGAGGCGCACCACCGUGAUCUCAACCACUACGCAUCGGACAUACAAUGCCAAGGACAUGAGCUGAAGGAAUAUCCAGCACCGCUGGGAUACCACUGAAAGCCUAAAACAAUUAUUCGACUAAAUUAAUCAAUUUUUAGUAUUUAUAACUUGAUUUUAUGGUUUGUUUGUGAGAUUUGCUUAGAGUAAAGUGAAUCACUGCGCUUGUAAUUAUUGAGAAUUGUAUGAAUUAUUGAUUAGCACUUGUGAAAUCGUGUUGUAAAACAGAGCUAAAAUAUAAUCAAA